UUCUCCUUAAGGAGUAAAUCAAACCAAAAAAAAACAAUUUGUCUAUGCUACUAUGGUGGUCUAUGGAGAAAGACGCCAAGACAAUUUUUUAACCCAAACUCAAUCAUUUAUCCAUUAAUUUUAUACGUGAUUAAUUGAAAUGGCUCGAAAUAAAUCACCAUCGGCGACUUCCGAUAAAGACAAAAAGAAACCAAAGGAAAACAAGAAGAAAAAAGGCGAUUCUGGAUCCAGCAGUAGUGAUAGUAGUGGCAGUUCUUCGGAGAGCAGCUCGUCGCGGUCGUCGUCCCGGUCGUCGUCGAGCAGCUCGGGCAGCUCGUCACGCUCGUCCUCGUCGUCCAGCUCGUCAAGCAGCAGCAGCAGUAACAACGACCGUUCCAGACCAAAGAAGAAGUCUUCACCUCACAAGAGCCCCAUUAAGGAUCGCCGUGAACCAGACAGAGAAAAAGUAAGAGACCGUUCACCGAUUGGUGAUAAGAAAAAACUUGCAUUGCCAGCAUCUAAUGAUAAGAAUAAAGUUAAGGAUAAGCAUGAAAGAUCUCCGGGUCGUAAGAAACGCGAACGCUCACCGCCGCCGCGACCAACGCGUAUUCACAUUGGGCGUCUAACAUUGAAUGUCAGUAGAGAUCACAUUCAUGAAAUAUUUUCAACAUAUGGGAGUGUAAAGGCAGUAGAGUUCCCGAUGGACAGAUUACACCCUCACAAUGGGCGUGGAUAUGCAUAUGUCGAAUUCAGUAAUGCUGAUGAAGCAGAAAACGCGAUGAAACACAUGGAUGGAGGGCAAAUCGAUGGGCAAGAGAUCACGGCGGCGCCUGUAUUGAUUCCGUCGCGUCCACGCCGACCCUCACCACGCCCGAUGCCGCCCAGACACGCCCCACCCCGACGACACUCGCCACCACGGUACAGACGGCGCAGCCCUGCGCCGCGGCGCCGGUCGCCGAUCCGCCGCCGCCGCACUCGGUCGCGGUCGCCGCGCGCAGCGCCUCGCCGCCGCCGCUCCAGGUCCUCCUCAUCUUCCUCCCGAUAGCGUCCUAUACUCACGAUGCACACACACGGACACUUACAUACAUACACACAAACACAAAUAUGCCACAGUACUUGAAGGUAUCCACAUACAUAAAUCUCUGGCUGUGACACAUUCCAGAACCUACACAAGGUAAGUAUGUCCGUUUCCCCUUAUUACAAUACAAGCUUGGUGUGCAACUUGAUCCAAAACUGUGAGCAGGUAAGUAUGAGGUGACUUUACUUGAUUGAGUAACCAUCUUUGAACAUAUUCUAAUUAUAUAUUUCUUGUUUAUAAAAGCCUGCAAAAUGGGAACUAAGCUGAGUGAGUGAUUGGUGGGAAAUGAACUGUACCUAUGACUGAAUUAGUGGUGUGCUGAUGUAAUAAUUCUGGUAUAAUGUUUAUGUAAAAGGACAUUUGAUUACUGUUUAAUAAAUUGUAACAUUAAUAA